AUGUAUCUCGGUUGGAUUGAUUAUGCAGUUCUAGUUUUACUAUUCAUUUUCUCGGCUGGUAUUGGACUUUAUCAAGGUUGUUUUAAAUCAAAGCAAACAUCAACAAAAGAAUUUCUUGUUGCUAGUGGUCAAAUGAGAAUUUUCCCAACAGCGAUGAGCCUUGUAGCAAGUCUUACAUCGGCAGCAUCAUUUCUUGGAAUGCCAGUCGAAACCUAUUACUAUGGUACAAUGUUUAUGUAUUGUACAUUUUCAUGGCUAAUAGCCACGUAUGUAACAAUGAAAUUUUUCGUACCUAAAUUUCAUCAGAUUGGAAAUGCUAGUAUUUAUGCGUAUCUUGAACAACGUUUCUCUCUAACAAUUCGUAUAAUGGUAACAUGCAGUUUUUUAUUAGUUACCAUUCUUUAUAUGGCUGUGAUAAUUUAUGGACCAAGUUUAGCUUUGAGUCAAGUUACCGGAUUAAAUAUAUGGCUUUCAGUUGGAUCAUGUGGUUUGAUUUGUACUAUUUACACGAGUAUUGGUGGAAUGAAAGCUGUUAUUUGGACUGAUGUUGUACAAGCAUCUGUUAUGUUUAUUGGGCUUAUUUUAUCAAUUAUUUUCGGUGUAAUUGAUGCUGGCGGAAUAUCAAAAGUGUUUGAAACAGUAAAAAAUGGAAAUCGAUUACAAUUCACAGUUUUUACAUUUGAUCCAUCUAUUCGUUAUACUAUUUGGAGUAUUUUAAUAGGUAAUACAUUUUCUAGUACAGCUCAAUAUGCAUGCAUUCAAACUCAAGCACAAAGAUAUAUGUGCGUUAAAGACAAAAGAUCAGCACAGAAAGUCGCUUGGAUGAAUUAUGCAAUUAAUGUUUUCAUGCUAAGUCUUUUUUUAUGUGUCGGAUGUUUAUUGUAUGCAAAAUAUCAUCAAUGUGAUCCACUUCGUGCUAAUUUGAUAUCAAGGCUGGAUCAAUUAUAUCCAUUAUUUGUCAUAGAAACUUUAGGACGAUUCCCUGGUUUAACAGGUCUUUUUAUUUCAUGCGUAUUAAGUGCAACAUUAAGUACAUUUUCAAGCGGAGUCAACAGUAUGGCAACAGUUAUUUUUGAAGAUAUUUAUAAACGAAUAUCAAAUAAACAAAGUUCAAUAUCGAAUAAACAACAAGUCCUUUUAUCGAAAUUGUUGUCUGUAAUACUGGGCUGUGUAACAGUUGCUAUGGCAUUUGCUGUUUCUUACAUGAAAAGUAACAUAAUUACAAUAAUUAUACAAAUCUUUGGUGCAUUUGCAGCGCCAAUUUUAGGAGUAUUUUUACUUGGAUUGUUUUCAUCAAGAGUCAAAAGUCGAAGUGCACUCGUUGCCUUUUUUAUUGCUUUAAUAUUUCAAAUCUUUAUGCUUUUUGGAUCAAUACUCACUGUAAAACCAGCGAAUAAGCAAGGUGGACGAUUAUCAACGUCUAUUGAUGGAUGUAUACCUUCAAUUGAUGUUACUCCUGCGCCAACAACACAUAUAAAUUCUACUAUAUUGUUAUCCUUAUUUUCAAUAUCUCCUCUUUGGUUUAUUUUUAAUGGUGCAAUAGUUACUAUAGUUGUUGCGAUGAUAUUCACAUUUAUUCUUGAUUCGAAAGAUUCAAAACCGAUAGACACAUCAUUGUUGGUAUCUCGAAAUGAAAUAUUUCCAUGUUUUUCAUCGAAAAAUGAAAGACUUCAACAAGCGGCAACACAGAAAAAUGAUGACAAUUCACAGCCUGAUACUGUUCCAGAACAAGAAUCUAUGCUUUAA